CUGCACGCUAAGCUUGUCCGGCUGUGGCAUGCUGGCGCUGAGCGCCGCCCGCCGCCUGCUUCGCCCGCCCGGGGACCUGCUACAGCCGCUGAGGAUCGGCUGUGUUGAGGUGACCGGUGCCCGUGGUUGUGCGGCCGGUACGCCGAACCCAGUGGUGUACUUGGACGUAGGCGCCGAUAACCAGCCGCUGGGACGCGUCGUGUUGGAGCUGAAAGCUGAUGUGGUUCCAAAGACAGCAGAAAACUUCAGAGCUCUUUGUACUGGUGAAAAAGGAUUUGGGUAUAAAGGAUCCACUUUCCACAGAGUGAUUCCUUCAUUUAUGUGCCAGGGUGGUGACUUCACAAAUCAUAAUGGAACUGGUGGAAAAUCCAUUUAUGGCAGUAGAUUUCCAGAUGAAAAUUUCAUACUUAAGCAUGUAGGACCUGGUGUGCUUUCGAUGGCCAAUGCAGGACCCAAUACAAAUGGAUCUCAGUUCUUCAUUUGCACUGCAAAAACUGACUGGCUGGAUGGAAAACACGUUGUUUUUGGGCAUGUGAAGGAAGGAAUGGAUGUUGUGAAAAAAAUUGAGAGCUUUGGUUCCAAGACUGGAAAGACCUCCAAAAAGAUUGUCAUUACUGACUGUGGACAGUUGUCCUAGCCUUUUGCCCUACCAUUCAGGACAAUUUUAAUGCUGUGAAAAAUUAAUCAUAAAAAACCCCAAACAUUUCUGGUCCCAUGAGUAGCACCUAUGGAACUAUAUUUUCUAUUUAACUUGGUCCAACUUUUAUACUUAUUUUAACAAUGUUGAUUAAAAACAUAAACCAGUAACUGAAAUGUUCGGACUGAUCUACCUUGGUAGUCACACUGAUGUGGCAGAGUCCCAUGGCAUUCUGAAAGAAGUGGUAUAGUCAUCCAGAGCACAUUUGACUGCAGUGCUGAGGCUGUUCUUAGUGUUUGGAUGUUUCGGGUGUUAGUGGUGGAGUUUGCAACUAAGUGCUCUGUGAUGGGGGCUUCGGCAUAAAUUAAGAAAUACUUUGUUUCCUUUGGUACUAAUAACCACCUCUUCUGCAUCUUGUUUUGAAAAAAUAAUGCUAACAAGAGCUUUCAAGGUUGUCUGCAACAUGACUGUCAGGCAUUUUUUCCCCUAUUUUCUAUUUCAUCCAAUAGAAUUUAUGUGAAAUUGUGGGCUUUGAAAAAAUAAUUCUGCUUUAACUUUUGUUUGCUUUUUUGUUUCACUUUGGGGUUUUUUUGGUAGUUUCAGACCACUGUUUAAACUGUACUGUUGUGACACACUACCACAACUGUGCUUCAAUUGAGUGAUUUGAAGGGUUCAGUAAAUGGCUUUAGUUUGAGUUACCCUACUACUAGAGCUCUGCCUGGGCAGUAAGACCACAAAUCAGCCAAAAGAUCAUGGGAUGUUUUUAUUAUGCAACUGUGAAAUUACUUGAAGUUCAGUUCUGCUCUGAGAUCUGAUUUUUGUAAGGAAUGUAGCAGGUCUCAACAGCCUAUUUUUGCACCUUGAGGAUAUAGUGAGCUUGUUUGAGAAGAAGGUUUCAUUCUUUUUUUUGUCCUGUUGAUUCUGUGUAAUCAGCCCACAUUGGGUAUUACUUGAAUUAUACAUCAUCAUCGUAAGUCAAAAUUGGUCACCGUGAAAUCACGAGGCUUAACUGGUGCAGCAAAACCAUUAUUGUGGAGUUUGAUGCACAAGAAGGAAAUAAUUCAGCUGAUCAGGUAAACACAUUCAGUUUGUAUCAACCAGUACGUUUUAUGCGGAGUGCCUGAGCAGUAACGAAUGUUGGAACCUCACAACCUUUAGAAUCACUAAAGCUGUAAAAUAUUAAAGCUUGUGGGAAAAAAACACUUGACUGAUUUUGUUCAGUAAUCUUGUGACUGAAAAGAAAGUGUGAUGGCUCUCUUCAGAUGUGAA